CUGGGGGCCUACCUGUGAAGAUCUGUGGUGGUUUCUUGGGUGAGCAGGGUGCUGGGCUGGGAUUCAGUGGUAUCUGGGGUUCCUAUAUUUCUGGGUAGGCCUCCUCUUUGUGAGGCUCUGCUGCGUACCAGGCCUUGUUGUUGUGUGUCAGGAUGGGGGCUCAGGGCAGCUCCUGCUUGCGAGGAGAGGAAGGAGUGAGGAUUGGUCUAGGCCUCACCUGGCACCUGGGAAGUACGCCUGAGAGAAGACUACCACACGUGCCAGCUGGGCGAUGGAGUCACCUUCUGUCACUGGUUGCAACCAAGUGCCAGAUGCUGAGGGUCAGGGCGCGCACGCUUGGGGGCUGUCCAUGCAACAGCUAAAGUUGUCUGCAGAUGGCUGGCAGGACUAGGAGUUAGAGCUGUGCUCUAUUCCUCCACCACUAUUGGUGCAGAGGAGCUCUAAAGGUUGUGGGUGCUGGCUACUGAGAGCAGCCUUUCCUCUUGGGCAUGCGUGACUAUGAUGGCAGCUCAAUGACUGUUUCUGCAGCAGGCAGGGCAGGAGCCAGGUUGCUGAACUUGCCCAGGGCAGGCCAAAGCGCUCGCUGCCAUGUGCAAAGCCCAAGACACCGUUGUGUCCUUCACUGCCUUUGGCUUCUCUUGGCUCUCUGUGAAAUUAUUGUAGCCAGCUGCAUUGCAGAGAGCAUCAUCCCCUUCAUUCUUGAGAGAGAAUCUCUGCCUUGAUUAACCUUGCCCCUUCCCCAAGGGUAAGGGUUCGAUGUGCUGUGCACCUGACAGUGUAUCUGUGCUCCGGCCCCCUGCAUUAGUGCCAGAGGAGGCCCAGGCUGGUUGAACUGGCCUUGAGACCAGGCCCUAGUUUCCCAGCAUGAACUAGAAAAUGUUCACAACACUUGUGUCAGGGAGCAUAGACUUUGAGAUGUGGCCUGGUGCUGUGUCAUUGCCUCCCAUGAUUCUGAAAUGUAAUGGUGCCCUGGGAAAAGGCCUCUUGUAUUAUCCAGGGCAGUCUUUAACAUGGCACUGUAUAGUUGUUGCCAUGAAAUGAUCUAACUGUCUUGAGGAGGAAAAAGUAGUAUUUUUUCUUUAUGGCUCCUGGGAGACUGGUAGAGCCUUUUUUGCUGUGACAGUAGCUAAUUAUCCAUGGCUGCUUUGUGCCUGUUUGCUCUUAUGCCAGCACUAUCCUUUAAUGUCAGUUAUUCUUUUUUCCUCUCUGAUAUUUAGUCUCAAUUAUAUUUAUAGGUGGCAGUAGCUCUUCCUCCUUGACUUCUACUUGGUUGCACUAGACAGACUGAGCUCUUUCUUCAUGGGUAAGACAAGUUACCAUGAUCUGGCUCAUGACUCUUUCCAGUACUUCACCAACUUCUGUUAUUAAACAGAAAAUGGACUUUCUGCUAUCAUCUUCCUAGUGAGUCCUAGUGGCUCUCACUAGGACUUUGCCCAGUGCUAUCACUGCCUGCACUGGAACUAUCUCUCCCACUGCAUUUUAGGAGCACAUACAAUUUUUGCAGGGGUUUAUCCCAUUAGUACUGACACUUGCAGUCACCAAUAUUCAACAGAUCCUCCCAGAACUUCUCUCCCUUGACAUUUGGAAGCUUUGCUUCAGUGCACUCAUUAGUUUUCCCUGAUGUGCAUCACCUUGCACUUUGUGCUUUUUAUUUCAUCCCCUUUCUGUUCCUCCAGCUCGCAAGGUCACCUGGCACUGGCUGUACAUUUUGAUCUCUUCCCGCGUUACGAGUGAUUUCCUCAGCUCGCUCCCAGUUCUAUGCCGAGGUCACAAAAGACAGCAUCAGUCACAAGCCUACCCCUUUGAAAAGCCCUCCUUUUAAUGGCACUGUCCGGCUGAGCCCUCUUGCUGCUACUUGAUCCUUUCCGUGCAUUUAUGAAGACAGUUCUGUCUCCAGGAUAUCAGACUCUCUGGGGCAGGGCUUGGGACAGGCUGGAGGCAAUGAAACUGCAGCAGCUUCAGUUGUCUCUAUGCAAAAAUGCUGGAGGGUGACCUCUUGCAUAAUGUGGAUCCAUAGGUUUUCUGCAGUGAACAUGUGUAUGUGUGACCAAGAGCAGACCUCUCCAAAACCUCUCAGUUUAAACCCGACCUGUGGUGAAGAAUCCCUCACAGCCCUUGGAUCUGAUAACUUGGGACAUCAGGAUUCAGCUGAGUCUGUCCAAGCACACGCUGGCAUCAACAACUGACUUGGACCAGACUACCUUCUGGGAGAGCAAUUGCUGCUAUAUGCAGGCAGAGACUACAGGGUUAUACAUGCACCUACUGAGACGAAGGACCCUCUGAGGAACUUUCCAAAUCCCUGCCUGGAAGCUGCUUGCAAGCCAGUAUGAUCCUCAACUUCUGGUUAUAUGGUUGAGACUUUAGCCACUCAACUAUUGCUCCAACCAGAGGGUCCUGUCUGGGUUGGCGCUCGCUGCCUGGAGUCAUGGAAGAGCACCCGGGUCCUCCAGCUUGCGAAUUCACCUUUCCCCUGAGGCGCAUCUGCGUUUCAGAAGCAGAUGGGCCUGAAGAUGAAGAGCAGGAGGAGGCUCUGGAGAAGGAUGCAGCCCAGGUGCAGCAUAGAGAAAAGAUGGAGGGAAGCUCCCCAGAGCGGCAGAGGCAAUCUCCCUCUCGCCGUUUGGGACGGUGCUGGCAAGGAAACAGUUCUCUCGCCCCUCAGGACACAGACAGGCCUGACCAAAAGAUGGGAGAGGGCAAGGUGGCCGCCCCAUCCCAAGAGCCUGAGGUGCCUGGGGAGCUGCAGCUACGCAGGCCGUUCCGGCGGAAGCACCGACUGUACUUGAAGCCCAAGACAAGCCAGGCCGCUCCGUCCCCAGGCCCGGGACAGGGGGAGAGAGCCGAAGAGCCAGGUCCCUCUCGGGGGAAGAGGCUGCGGUUCAUCUGGGGCCAAGCCAGUGAUUUCCGACGGAAGAAAAGCCUUUUGGAGAAUGGGCUGAAAGAGGCGCCCCUCAUGCCCCAGAGCAGCGAGGAGGAGGAAGAAAAAGGCUCUCGGUCCUGCUCCCCUGAGCCAGCUGUUCCCGGAGAUGCCCGUGCUAAGCCAGACUUUGUGCAGCUGAUUGACGAACAUGGCAUCUACUCCACAGCCAAGCUAGUGCUGGGUGGCUCGGCAGGCGAGCUGGAAGAGGCGGUGGUGCUACCCCCGCACCUGAAGCGGGGAGCAAGCAUGGCUGGGAGCGGGGCGGAGUUUGAGAUCCGCGAGGUGAUCGUGGACGAGAAGCCGUUCCAGUGUGGUGUAUGUGAAAAGGCCUUCAAGCGGGCAUGGGAGCUCUUCAGCCAUGAGGUGGUGCACAACGAGGAGCGCCCUUUCCGCUGUGACCUCUGUGAGGCCUCUUUCAAGCGCCACUCAGACUUCAAGAGCCACCGGCUGGUGCACACAGAGGAACGGCCCUUCCGCUGUGAGCUAUGUGGCAAGCGUUUCAAGCGCUCGUCCAACCUCCAGGAGCAUCGCCGCAUCCACACUGGCGAACGCCCCUUCCACUGUGCCUGCUGUGACAAGAGCUUCAAAACACCUUAUGAGCUGCAGCGCCACACGCUCACGCACUGCACCGAGAAGCCCUUCAAGUGCGCGGAUUGCGGGAAGGACUUCCCCACGUCCAACGCGCUGCUCCUGCACCAGCGGCAGCACUGCGAUGACAAGCCCCAUGUCUGUGGCAUCUGUGGCAAGAAGUUCACCUAUGGGCACAGUCUCAAGGUGCAUGAACGUGUGCACACAGGUGACCGCCCCUUCGUUUGUCCACUCUGUGGCAAAGGCUUCAAGCAGUCCAAUGCCCUCUCCUCACACGAACGUGUGCACACGGGUGAGCGCCCUUUUGUCUGCAAAACCUGUGGGAAGGCCUUCAAGCAGUCGUCCUACCUGGUGAUCCAUGAGCGGGCGCACACUGGGGAGCGCCCCUACAAGUGCGAGGCAUGUGGUAAGGCUUUCGCUCGUCCCUCGUUGCUGCUGCAGCACCACCGGGUGCACAGCCAGGAGCGGCCCUACAAAUGCAGCUUCUGCCACAAGUUCUUCAAAGACCUGGCCUAUCUGGCUGUGCACGAGAAGGUGCACACGGGUGAGACCCCCUACAAGUGCAGUGUGUGCGACAAAGGCUUUGCGCAUCCUUCCAACCUGCUGCAGCACCAGCGUGUGCAUCGUGACGGCUGAUCCCUGGAGCGGUGUGCACAACUCAGGUGUUUCAAGGCAAAGGAGCCCACAGCCAUAAGCGAGCGUGCCACAAACGUGUGCUGCAACAGAUAAGCCCCAGGCAUGCAUGCUGCAGCACCUGUUCCCAUACGUGUGCAAGCCAUGUGCAGGGGACCAGCACAACUUCCCUAGAGAAGGCUUGUCCAGAGCUCAAAAAGCACGUGGUGCUGCAGCUCUUCUCUUGAGCCACAGCCUGACAGGGCCUCUGCUGCAUGGCUUCUCUCCGCCAAACCUUGACCUGUGCUGCUUUCUCCUCCUCCCUCACAGAGGGGUUAUCCCAUGAGGCUCUUAACUGAGCUCAUUGGUUGGGGUUGGUGCAAACUCCUUCUCCCAGCCAAGGCUACCUGCAGGGAGGCAGUAAGCUGUGAGAGGUGUUGCUGGCUGCAGGCCAGUCAGUGAGAGCAAGCUGUAACUCCUUGCCCUCCUGGCAUGCUGCUGAUGUGAGGGGCAGGCAAGGGUCUAGCUAUGAGGCCAGAGCAGCCUGCAGAGGCAAGCUGAGCCAUGAUGUGGUUAGGAGGUGGGGUCAAAAGCUCUGAAGAGCAGAGCAUAUUAGCUGGACCAUGGCAAGCCGUGUGUCUUUCCUUCUGAUGCCAAGGGAGUACUGUUCAAUGCCACGCUCUCUUCUUUGCCCUGGCAUGUGGGUGUUGCAGGAGGUCGAAGACCCCAGUCACCCCAGUGAGUGUUGUUCUGCCUGGGCCCCAAACAGACUCCAUGAGCAUCUGUCUUGUGCUCUGGGGCAGCACUGCUGCCUCCUUGAGCACAGGGUAGAGGCUGGGGGCUGCUGGGGAGCAGCCUGCCUCUCAGAGUGGGGCACAUGCUGUCAGCUGUGGCUGAGCCCUAGCAACAGGAGGAAAUAGACUUGUCCGUAUUUUGGGGUGAAGUGCUUGUAGGCAGAGAAUAGCAUCACAGGGAGCAGCAAUGAGCCAUCACCUCUCCUCUCCUCUAGAGCACUUGGGCUGAGGGUUAAGUAUCCCGUCCAUAUCUCACAUUGCUACUUCUGAUGGAGUUAAUUACAGCAAUGUCCUUGACCCUGCUGUGCAGGGGUCAUGAGGGCUUUUUGCCUGUUAGGCAGCCUCCUCCUCCAGGACAAAGAGCAAAGGCAUGGUUAUGCUGGCUGCAGGUUGUAUGUUCUGAUUAAAACUUGGCCUAGAGGCAUGAGGGAAGGGUUGGAUGUUGGGUCUUCAGCUCCAGUGCAGCUCACUACCAGCUCAGCUCUCCCAGCCCCUGCCUGGAGGAAAGGGCCUGUCAUCUUGACAGUUGCUGCCCAUCCUGGCUGCUCUGCUGUGCCGUACCAUGCUGUGUGCAGGCCCUGGCACAGCCCAAAUGGAAGCUGUGGUUCUUUCUGCGUGGACCUAGGCCUGCGAUGUAUCAGCAGGCCGCGAAUCCUGUGUACUGUGUUGAUUUGAAACACUAACCCUCUUUUCUGCCCCAGGGUGCUGCUCAGGCUGGUAGGGAGCAGAAGAGGGGGGAUGCACUGCUGUGGUCCGCUUUGGGAGCGUCGGCAGGAGAAGCCCAGUGUUGUAAGGUGUUCUAUAACUGCUCAUGGGACAUCUCUGCCUAGACCUGGGCAGGAACCUGGCCAGGGUAUGGGUGAGCAGACUUAAUCAACUCUCCUUCCUGUGCGGUCUGUGCCCAGCUCUCACUUCCCAGAGGGCUGGAUUAUCCAACGGCAGCACCAGGCCUAGCCACCUGCACUCUGCUGCUGAAGUCUGGAUUUGUUCUCCUUGACUGAAAGCUGCUCCUGCUGCCUCCAGCUGCUACUGUUGGGUGGAGGAUGACAUGUGGACCUUUCCCAGCGAAGGCAAGACCUGGCCCUACCCUGGGGCCCUACUAGGCAUUGGCAGAACCCCGUCCUCACACACACGAGUGCCCUGUGCCUGAGCCACCUAGAGGGGCCUGGUGUCACGCUAACCUUCCUGCACACCAGAGCUGUGGGACUGGAGGUGCCUACUCUUGGACUGUUGGUGACCCUGGUCCUACCCUGUCCCCCUCUUUUAUGGUUCUAGUAGCACUGGGGGUGGAAGGGGGCACAAGGUUAUGCUCCUCAGUGCUCUGCACACUAAUUACAGGACAGUUAUUUAAUGAUGUCUUUGCCUCCUCACUACCUUGAACCCAGUGCUGUGUCUAGCUGAAUCCUUCCUUGCUCCUGGGCUGUCAUCAUGAAGGGAUGCUGGUGAUUGCUGAGGUGCCAUGUGGAUGGGGAAGUCCAGCCCUGGCUUGUUUACUCAAUCAGCUGGAAGGUGCAUCAUGCUUGUGUGGGAGGCUGGAGAAGCUCCUCCUUGGUGCCUACCUGGGGACACUUUUCCUUAGCAUGGUAAAGCCAAGUCCUUCUCCAGCAUAGCCUUGCCAGCCAGGAGCUGGUUGGAACCUCAGCAGGCAACCAGGAAUGUGCUGGAUGGCUGUGGGUGGGCUGGGCAGGCCAGGCCAGGCUAUUACAUGUGAGCCUUCAGUCUUAUUGGCUUGCAGCCAUGGGCUGCUCAUCUUGCUCUACAGUCCCUGCUACGGUCUCCCAUGUCCACCUCUCACACGUCUUUGAUAUGCACAGGAGGCUCUGUAACCCAGUGACCAGGUCAUGAUGUGCAGCAACCAUGGGCACAGAGGCUGUAAAUACAGUGAGCCUGUCUCAUUUUCCAGAUUUAUGUCUGGGCCAGGAGCAGGUGAGGCUAUUUGCAGCACAGCAUGGCAUGUGUCAGUUCAGUCCUCACUACCAGCGUGCAACUAGUGUCUGAUGCACGUUGAACUUGUGUUGCCCUAACAAGUAUGGCAAGAGGAGACCUACCAAAACUUGGGUGUGCAACAGAUUUCGUUAGUUGCUGCCAAGCUGGCAUCUCUCACACACAUUCAAUGCAGUGAUGGAGUGACUCUUCUUCCCUGCUGCAAGACUUGCCAGCAAGCUCUGUUUUGGAUUUUCCCUCAUGGAUCCCUUGGGAGGAGGGUUUGUAAAGCUGGUCUCUCCCUUCCCCUGGAGACUCCCAGGUUUCUCACAUUUCAGCUCUUAGGACAGCGGUGGGGCAGCUCUGGCUUCUUCCUGGUGUUACUGCCAGCUGCAGGCUUCCCAUGAGUUUGUCCACAUGAUUUGAUUUUGAAGUUGUGUCUGAUAGACUUGUAUGGUGGGAGCCUGACCCUGGAAUGCGCUUUGUUGCCCAGCUGCUGCUGAACACAAACGCAUCUUAGUUUCUUAUCUUAGGAGCUGAAGCCUGAGGGCCUCCGGGGAAAGGGGAGGGAGAGACCAACUUUGCCAGGAGAAAUGUGAAGGACUGUCCUUUGUGGGUGUCACCAGUGGGGUUAGGACUGUAUCUUCAUCUUACUUGCCCCAGGGCAAAGCCAUGAGCUGUGGGAUCACCGACUAGUCUCAGUUCUCUGCUCUCUGGUGCGUGCUUCUUUGAUGGCUAAUGAGGCAUGCUUGGUGUUGUCAGGCUAGCUUUGCCUUUGCUAUAUCUGGGCCUUUUGAGCCUAUGGCUGGUAAAAGAAGUGCUGAAAUUAUGUCCAGCCUUCUCAGAAUGUGGAGCCUGGGCUUAAACAAUUGGGCCUUCAUGUAGCCAUCUAAGAACAUGGCUUAUUUGACUUGUUUACAUCCUAGAGCACCUGUGCGUUUUCAUAGAGAAUAAAAGGAAAACUGAGACUGCUGUAGGAUGGAGAGGUGGGCUUUAUUCCAGCUGCCUGCACCCAGGCAUUGCUUUAGAGCAAGGAUGCAUGUUCCUAGGAAGAGAUGCCAACAAGUGGCUCACUGCAGCAGUGUUGGUGCUGUGCCAGUACAGGCUCUGGUUUGCUUACUGUAUCCACAUUUCUCUGUCCCAGGAUCAAGCUUAGAUGUCAAGGUGUCCCAGUGCAGUGCCUUCUGGCACAGGUUCAUCACCUGGCCGUUUGUGCCAUGUGCACCUAAGUACACUUCAGGGUUGUAUGCACUAUGGGCCUUCCUGUGAUGUCUGUGUUAAACUCUAGCAUGUAUGUGCAGGGUGUCUGUAAUCCCUGUGCUGGCACCAAAGGUGCCAGAGGCAUUCCAGGCUCUGCCCUUUCCCUAAUCCUGUAAUUGACUGCAACCUUCUCAGUCAUCAUUUUUCUGAGUGAUUGACAUCAAGGUUGUGGAUGUAAUUGUUUUUUGCCUUCUGUGAAGCAUCACUCUUGGAGAAGACAGGGCACAAAACAGCCCUCAGGAGGUGGUGUGUGGAUGAGUUGUAUACCUGCAGCGAUGGGAGCAGACUGAAUGCAAUGGUUGUCAAAUGGUCAUAGCCCUGGCAGUAGCUGGCAUCAACACUCUGUUCCUCCCCUCCCAGUCGUAGGGAUGGCAUUUGUGUACUCCUUGACUUUGAAAGCAGGAAGAGAAACUUCACCAUUUAAGGCUUGAUGAGACGCUGAAGCCGGUGCUUCAACGCCAGCAUUAGCCACAAUGCACCUCCAUCAUGCCUGCAUGUUUUAGCAAUGUGAGCCCUUGCUCCCUAGCCUCGAACCACCUUAAACCAUAUCACAGUCCCAACAGGGGAGUUUCUCCUAAAGAAGAAAAUCUUGGGGGUGGGAUUUGGAGGACAGAUGAUGACUCUGAGGGCAGAAGCUAGUUGCUUAAAUAGAGGUUAUGCUGUCACUUAUUGUCAUGCCAGAAGGUGCAAGUCUUUUGUAGGUCACAUGUCACCUCUACAGAUGUCUCAGACACCCAAGGCACCUCCAAUGGCACAGUGCCUGUGUGUGGACAGCUGCAUCAAGCGCAUGACAUCCAAGCCCUACAGUCAGUCAAUGGAGAUACAGAGUUUAAUUCAGUUGCCUAAGACCCUUGGAGAUGUCCUGGGGUGCUCAGUUGAUCUUUAACUGCUCUUCCAGAAGAGCACAUAUCUUUUAUAGACCCUAUAUCCUAUAUGCAAGCCCCCUGUGAAUGUCUGUGGUGGUCUAGGGCAUCUCAAAUGGCACUAGGCACCUGCAUGUGGUAGUUGAACUAAGCUCUCAUGGUUAGGUAAGUCCCAGCCUUUGAUGGCUAAGUUGAGGUGUAGGCGUCCUACCCUAUGGGAUCUGGAGGAAGCUGUGAAGGUUUGGCAUCUUGGAGGCCAAAAGCAGAUAUAUCUUUGUACCAAUCUGCUGUAUUUCAGAUUGGGAAGAGGACCUUUUCUGGUGGUUCGGGCUCCAGGAUGGCUGUUACCAGAGAUGUCUGACUCAGUUAAAACUAUUCUCGUGUGCUGGGGCCAUGCAUUACCAACUGAUGACCUUAUGGCCAAGAAGUGCUCAACAGUUAGCAGGGAAAGGGAGGUGUGCCUCGCUGCCCUAGGAACUCUCUUCAGCAUCCUGCAGACCGCUAACUUCUCCUUAGGCUAUGGCCCAGGGCACAGUCUUGUACUGGUGCUGCUCAGCUUUGCUAAUGCAUCUCAAGAUGUUUCUUCUAGAGCCUGAGGAGCUCCUACAGUUUCUCUUGGGAAAUCUAGAGGACAGCUUAGCCUGGGAUGAGGAGAGUGAGGGCCAGAAGGCAUGCAUGGGGUGUUUCCUUGUGGACACUGGAACUGUCAUCUUGAGACAGGCCUGGGCAGUAUGUGUGGAUCCUUCAAAACAUCUGCAACUGUACAGACACACAGGCAAGCUAAGAGAAAAGGUUAGGACACUUGUCCAUGUGCCAGGCAUGCUGCAAAGUUUAUUUCUGAGUGUAGCAGAACAGGCACAGUCUGGACUACAUUUUUGCUCCUAAUUUCAGGACUUAGCGCUCUUAAAAGGGACAUUUAGUUUGUUUUAUGAACUAUCUUGCAUUAAACACUGUUGAUUGAUGUGACUUGGGCCCUUGACAGGCCCUAUAAAGUAACUGGCAUGUUUGGGCAUCCAGCACCUAGGAUGUCCAUAUAGCUAGUUGAUCUCUGCACACUGUUCAUUGUUUUCCAUCAUAUGGAAAGGCAAUGGGUAUUUAUGUUGCUACACGUGAUUUAUAACCUAUUGUAAAUAAAAACCUGCUAGGUGAACUAGCAUGGAUGAGCAUUGGAAAUGAGAGAAGCCAGCCCCUCUGAAGUGGCACCAAAAAAAAAAAAAAGGAACUUGGAGAAAUAAGGAAGCAGAACAGAUCUUUACCUUCUGUGAACUCAGUUUUCUGUAUUUCCUGGUUUUGGGGUGCCAUUCAUCACAGGGGAAGCUGGAGAGAAAACUGUAUGUUCUGAUAUAACAUACGAAUGCACCAAUACUUCCCUGAACUUCUUGCAAGACUGAGAAAGGCAAAGGUGUCUUAGUAGUGUUUUCUGUCUCUGUGUACACGCUGUCACCCUGGCUGACUACCCCAUAUAACAUCCCACAAACCAAACCAGUUGCUAAGGAUUGCACUAUCUCCCC